AUGGAUAUUCUUUCCGAUGAGGUGAGCUCUGUGAACCCAACUGCAAACUCCUUAAUGCAUAAUCAUGAGAGAAGACUCUACAGAAAUGUUUAUGGAGCUGGAGAGAUCAACAUAUCACAUCUCUUUAAUGUGACUGAGGACUCUGAAAACCUAACCAUCUUUCAUGUGAAGGUAACAUGGGUCCCGUGCUACUCUUCCCUGUUUCAGCUUCCCAGAAAAAACUGGCCAGCUUUGCUGACAGUGAUAGUGAUUGUUUUAACCAUUGCUGGAAAUAUACUUGUCAUCAUGGCUGUAUCACUGGAAAAAAAACUACAGAAUGCCACUAACUAUUUUCUAAUGUCACUUGCAAUAGCUGAUAUGCUGCUGGGUUCUUUGUUCAUGCCUGUGUCAAUGUUAACCAUACUGUAUGGGUACACGUGGCCUCUGCCUACAAAGCUCUGUGCAGUUUGGAUCUACCUGGAUGUGCUUUUCUCCACUGCCUCCAUCAUGCACCUCUGUGCCAUCUCCCUGGAUCGCUACAUUGCCAUUCGAAACCCCAUCCAUCACAGCAGGUUUAACUCAAGAACAAAGGCUUUUGCAAAAAUAAUUGCUGUUUGGACCAUAUCAGUAGGUAUCUCCAUGCCUAUACCUGUCUUUGGACUACAAGAUGACUCCAAAGUGUUUAAGAAAGGCAGCUGCUUACUUGUAGAUGACAAUUUUGUCCUAGUGGGCUCUUUUGUGGCAUUCUUCAUCCCUUUGACCAUCAUGGUGGUCACCUACUUUUUAACUAUCAAAUCUCUGCAAAAGGAAGCUAUGCUGUGUGUGAACGACACUGGCCCAAAGACCAAGUUUGCUUCAUUCAGCUUCCUCCCUCAGAGUUCCCUGUCCUCAGACAAACUCUUUCAGCGCUCUUUGAACAGAGAGGUGGGGACUUCGGGGAGGAGAACCAUGCAAUCCAUCAGCAAUGAGCAGAAGGCUUCCAAGGUUCUUGGCAUAGUCUUCUUUCUGUUUGUUGUGAUGUGGUGCCCCUUUUUCAUCACCAAUGUGAUGGCCGUAAUUUGCAAGGAGUCGUGCAACCAAGAAGUCAUUGGAGGACUACUUAAUGUCUUCGUAUGGAUUGGAUACCUGUCUUCAGCUGUCAACCCACUGGUAUACACACUCUUCAACAAAACUUAUCGCUCAGCUUUCUCUCGUUACAUUCAGUGUCGCUACAAGGAGGAGAAGAAACCUUUCCAGCUGAUUUUAGUGAACACCAUCCCAGCACUUGCAUACAAUUCCAGCCAGCUCCAGUUAGCCCAAAUGAAGAGCUUGAAAAAAGAAGCAAAAAUUAUGGCAAAGGAUUAUUCAAUGGUCACAAUAGGAAUACAUCAUUUGGAUGGGACCUCCAAGGGAAGUAUCAGCCCAGGGAAUGAAAAGGUCAGCGGUGUCUGAUGGUUGGCAGCUGCCAUGACAACCACCGGUGUGGAUGCUGGAAAUUUCACCUGGCUGUCAGGAGCUCUGAUAGCUUAGGAAAAUCAGCCCUGUUCAAGAGACCCAUCCUCCAAUUAACAUCACUUACACCUCAUAUUAUCCUCCGGAUGAAAAGCAGGGUUGAAAUGGUAUCAAAUGUGCAAUUUUUUUUCAUACAGUACUUUGGCUGUUUUAA